AUGGCCAUGGUGCUUGUUCCAAACCAGAAGCUAGCAUACUUCAAGAAUUACUGGCCAGAAGUCCUGCAGGAUGGUUUAAAAGAAGAAAUUGAGUCUGUGUUUCAGGACUACUUCUGUUCUGCCAGGAGCACCAGGGACCUGUCCUCUAGCAAUUCUAACACCAAGAAGAUCUCAGAACUGUCUUAUACCCCUCAGCAACAGUGA